UGGCCAAGUCGGUCUAUAAAAGGCCCCCGGCUGCAAGUGGCGCUUUCCAUUCCACGCGAACUGAGACUCGCAGUCGGGCCGACGAGAUGCUGCGCCACCUGCUCCGCCACGAGAACAACAAGGUCUUCGUCCUGAUCCUGCUCUACUGCGUCCUGGUCAGCAUCCUCAAACUGUGCACGGCCCAGGCGGAUACUUCUGUGGCCGCCAGCGAUAAUGAUAUUACCCAUCUCGGUGAUGAUUGCCAGGUGACCCCCGUCAUCCAUGUCCUUCAGUAUCCCGGAUGUGUGCCCAAGCCCAUUCCCUCUUUCGCCUGUGUGGGUCGCUGUGCCAGCUAUAUUCAGGUUUCCGGCAGUAAGAUCUGGCAGAUGGAGCGCUCCUGCAUGUGCUGCCAGGAGUCCGGCGAACGGGAGGCAGCCGUCUCACUCUUCUGUCCCAAAGUGAAGCCCGGCGAGCGCAAGUUCAAGAAGGUCCUGACCAAGGCUCCGCUGGAGUGCAUGUGCCGGCCGUGCACCUCCAUCGAGGAGUCGGGCAUUAUCCCCCAGGAAAUAGCCGGCUACUCGGACGAGGGUCCUCUCAACAAUCACUUCCGGCGUAUCGCUCUGCAAUAGAUCCCCCAUCAGAACACUACUUAUUAACA